AUGCCUCCAAAGAUCAAAGUCGCCCCCAAGCUGAAGCGGCGUGGACCAGCCACCGCCACAAGUACGCCCGUGGCAUCCAGCGCACCCGCUGAAACUAGUGAGCCCGAGCCCAAAAGACCGACCGUAGCCCACACGACCUCAUCAGCCAAAGCCACACACAACUCAACCCCCCGAGUGAUAACCAAGGAAACGCCCACCCCCGCCCAGACAGCAGAGGGAGCUCAGGCUUCAAACCCAGCGCCGAUCACCGUGCCCAGUCCCGCGACCCCAGCUGCACACCCUGGGCCGGCUGCCCCUCCUGAAACUCCUCCCCAACUGCAAGCUUCGACCGCUUCCCAGCCCUCUCCACAAGCAAAUCAACCACCUCAUCUUGGGGCAACGUUUGCAGCUGCACCGCCGCUUUCCCAACCCCUUGCUUCCAGCCAGCAGGCUCCCAGUGUUCGUGCCCCAACCACGCCGGCACGUUCCAGCAGCGUUCGUGCAUCCACAACUGCACCAAGCACACCCGCCCGGUCCACCAGUGUGGGUCACGCACAAACAGGCUCCCACGCUCAUGCCACGCUGCACCCAGCCCCGCACAUCAACCCAGCCCACGACGUUUCCAGUAUUGCACACCAGCUCGUCGCCGUUCAAGAUGAGGCCCAACUGUUGACCGCAGCCGGCCGUCUCAAGAAAAAGCGCAAAGCGCGACCCUCACGACCCGCCAGUGAUGCCACCAUGACCAUGGGAGAUCUCAUCCAUUACAACCCACGCAAUCCCCGCAUCGAGCCACAAGGGAGCCACGAUGAUCUGGCCCAGACACGCACAACCUACAUUUCCAACUAUGAGCGACCUGGGCAAGAUGAUGAUGAUGAGGACGCGGGAGCGGCAAACUCUGUGUCCAAUGCGCCCGCUCUCAAGCUCGUCAAUGGCAAACUUAUUGUGGACGAGCAAUCCCUCUCAAUCACAGCCCGCAAUGCAGCACCAGAACCACCACCAACUACGCCGGGACAUGAGGAAGAACGACGUGGCCCCAGGUCGACAACGUCAGCCAGCUUUACACGCCGCGAUAACAAUCGAGCUUGGUCGGAACGAGAAACGGCCAAGUUUUUUCUUUGCCUCGAGCGCUGUGGCACCGAUUUCCGAUCCAUGAACGUGGCCUUUCCCAAGCGUUCCCACAAGCAACUCAAGGCAAAGUAUCAUCGAGAGAUGAAGCAGCGCCCAGAUCAAGUGACGCGAGCCAUCAAAAACGCGUACGAUCCCGUUGGCAUGUGCUUUUGUGAAAGGGUCGUCGUCACAUUCAUCAACGCCUCUUGCAACAGGAAACCAUACGACGCGGAAUACUUGACAGAAGGCAUUGAAGAGGAUUUGCCGGACGACUCUGCUACACCCACCACCCGAGGAACUUCUCGUGCACGAGCAUCACGCUCACGUCGGACAGCUGCCACCACAGCCGAGCCAGUAGUACAAGAGCAAACUCAGCCCCAAUUACCAUCACCAACCUCUCCUCGCGCCGCACUCAGGACUGGACACACGGGUGUAGAGCCUGCUCUGGAAACACGCGUCGGGCCGACACCGGAAUCCCCAGUCUCGAGCCACACAAGCACCAACGCCGCAGCGGUCAGUCAAGACGGGGCUAGCAGUACUCACCAUCCUGACCCGCCAACAGCCCCACAUGCGACAAGUGCGCACCCCGUGCCGGUUACCCGCGCGGACCACGUUCCAGUGGCAAGUCAUGGCGAAGACAUGCCGAUGCCGGUGGUGGUGACCAGCGCGAUUCGGGCCUCUCGCAAAGAGCCAAUUCAAGCCUCGACUGUCGUCAAACCAACUCAGGAUCCCCAUGACCAGGUCGAAGCGAGCUCGACGUCAGAGAAGGAUUUGACCCUAUUGGCAGCCAACGACGCAGCCCCCAUGGCCGCCACCACGGCCACCCCUGCCACGAUCGCGACACCUGCUACGUUGACCGUUACAGAGGCAACACCGGCUGCUGAGACAACGAACGAUCAAUCAGCAGCAGCCAACGACACCGCACCGCUCACCGCUACCGCACAACCUUCGUCCACCGCGCCCUCGGCUAGUGGACCCAGAGCUCGGGUCAAGCCCAAGCCCAAAUUGCGCAAACGUCCACACCCCGCCCAAGCCACCAAGUCUGCGUAA